GCAGGAAGAUAACGAAGAAAAAGAGUUUUUGCGCCAGCUUAUUCAAGAAAAGCGGGAGGAGCAGAAUCGAAAAAGGGAGAUUGAGGAGUGAAGGAAGAUGGAUGAAUUGAUCCGCCAAGAGAUUGAAUGGGACACGGAGGCUUUGGAAGCCCGCGUGAUGACGAAGAUUGGGCGGCAGUACCUCGUUACUCGGGAAGAAGCGCGGAGGGAGGAGGGGCGUUCACCUGCCUACAGACCUGCGUUUACUCCUGUUAGAGAGAAGUUCAACGUGAGGCAUGGUGUUGACUACGAGGACCGUGGGCUUGAAGAUAUCGAAGACGAGAUAGCUAAGCUGUAUGAGAUUCGGGAAAGAAAGAGACGAGGAAAAGAACCAGUGCACGCGGCCAGACGGCCUUUUCAUCAGCCUGUGUUUAAUAAGGAUGACGGUUCUGUGGUUAAUAAUAACCUGCGACCUGAGUCCUCGGAGAUGGGAACGGAGCGUGCUCGAACUAAGAUUCCGACGGGGAGUGAGCCGGAAGGGAUUCUUAACUAUGUCAUGGAGCAACGCCGAUUGCUAACUGGGAAGAACAAGGACCAACUGAAGGUUAUCUGUGCUUCGGAAGGUAUCCAGUAUACCACGAAGGCUCCGACGAUCGAGAGAAUCAUUGAGGAAAGAGUUAAGGUGGCAUAUGAAGGCUUCAUCUUUACUCCGGCACCAUCGCAGGUAGGCAGCCCUGAGGAGGAGGAAUUUACGCCUCGUGUGCAGGGUGCUAGAAAGGCGCUAGAGAUUUUGGAUUCGUUUACGUCCUGCUAUGGUAAUGUUCUGAGAUUGGUUAGGAUGGAUGAUGAGCAGGGGAAGUGGAUCUUUGCUGGGGUGAUGUUUCACAAGUACGGUACAUCUUUACGGACUGUGGCCAUCGUUAAAAAUGCUGUUAGCCUUUGGGAAUCUGGGCAGUUGGUGUAUGGUGAUUUCCAGGAUUUUGAAUCGCCUCAUGGCCCGAUGAGGAGAAUGGGUUUGAUCUAAUCAUUCCCCGUUGUUCCAAAGGUGUGCCUUGGUGCUUGUGGUUCUUGGUGAAAACUUUACCGAUUGGCUUUCAAGA